AUGAACCUACAAAAGCCAAAAGUUACGAAACAAGGUAACGAUCCAUUAGAUAAUAUAACUUUUAAAAUAUUGGGUGAUUUCGGAAAAUGGCAAUUGAAAAUAAGUAUUUUGAUGGCUUUACUAAAGCUACCGAUGGCGUGGUAUCAACUAAAUAUUUUGUUUCUUGCGCCUCCACAAAAUUUUUGGUGUGCAAAACCAAACAUUUGUAGUCGAUAUUCAGAGGAGGAAUGGCGUGACAUUUGUUCACCACGUAAUCAAGAGCAUCCAUGUCUUAUUUUUGAUCCGGAUAUACUUGCUGUGGCCCCCUUAAUUGAUAGAUCCCUGGUUCCUCUGGUGCAUUGUAAGCAAUUCGUGUACGAUACAUCUAUAUUCAGUAGAACUAUAACAUCAGAAUGGAAUUUAGUAUGUUCUGAGCAUUGGUUAAUACACUUCACUCAAGCGGUUAUGAUGUGGGGUACUGUUGUUGGUGGGAUAUUAUUUCCGAUGUGGGGUGAUAAAUAUGGCCGAAAGAAUCCACUCAUGUUUGGUAUUCUUUUGCAAUUUGUUGCCGGCUUCUUAACUUGCAUUGUGAGGCAGUACUGGAUUUUUAUGAUAUUCUGGUUCAUUUUGGCCGUGGCGACUGGUGGAUUAGGGAUUAUUUCAUUUGUCGUGUGCAUGGAGGUCGUAGGCGGUAAAUGGCGAACAAUUAUUCCAGUUUUCUAUCAACUACCUUUUGGACUGGGUAACACUGUUUUAGCAUUACUUGCAUAUUGGAUACGGGAUUGGCGAUAUUUGGAAUUUGCAUUGGCUUGCCUUACUUCCCUGUUCGUUUUGUACUAUUUUGCAAUGGAAGAGUCGCCACGAUGGUUGCUAGCUACAGGGCAGCUAGAAAAGGCUUGUGUCGUACUUGAAACGGCCGCAAGGUUUAAUGGCAGAGAAAAUGAAUUUAAAAACGCAAAGCGCACUCUUCUUAAAGUAGGAACUAAGAAUAUACAUAAUCCAGGUUUUUUCGCUUUUAUAAAAUCGAGGAACAUGAGAACGAAAACUUUACUUUUAUCCGUAAAUUGGUUCUGCACUGGUCUAGCCUUCUUCACAUUCUCGCAAUACCUGGGUUACAUAGCUACAAACCUGUACCUUAUGAUUUUUUUAAGCGGUCUUAUUGCUCUACCUGGGUGUAUGUUAUGCCUCUUUAUAAUAAUGAGAUAUGGACGUAAAACAACUGUUUGGAUAUUUCAAAUAAUAACAUCAACUUGUUUCUUGACUAUUCUGAUCAUACCAAAGGAAAUGUAUGCCAAUGAUUGGCCUCGAUUAAUUGUAGCUGGCGUCGGGUUCGCUAGUUUAUCGGGUACAGUACCAGCUCUAUAUUUGUACUCUGGGGAAUUAUUUCCGACACUUGGCCGGAAUGCGGGUGUUGGAGGUGUGACAACCUUCGCUCGAAUCGCUUCAAUGAUAGCCCCGGGGGUGGUCAGCCUGGAUGAGGUUAUAGCUGAUUUACCGCUUAUUAUACUUGCUGUGAUGUCGUUUUGUCAAUUGGCACUGCUCGUGCCCUUGCCAGAAACUAAGGAUCAUCCAUUACCAGACACAUUGGAGGAAGCGGAACAUUUUUCUAAAUUAGUAUGUAUCGAAGAAAACGAAAAUCAUGGAAAAGAAAAGAAAACAGCUGGAAAUGCAUAA